AGCGAGGUGGCUCGCCUUAACUGCUCGACGAUGCUCGUGUGAAUUUCGUGUUCGAAAUUUGAUUAUGUUAUAAGGAUUGAAUUUUCGGCCAGUGUUGUGAACUUUUGAGGACGAUGUCUGAACUGCGUGGUUCUCCGCCUCUUUCGCGGGGUGUCUUAGAGAAUGGUUUCGGGGCUCCGUUGGCGGCUUUGAGUUCUUUGGCUGAGGCUCCUCCGCCGGCGCCUAAUCCCCAUGGUAUCGACCACAUUUUGUCACGGCCAACAGUUGGGGCCAACGUUGGCGCUGGUCUGCUGACCCCGAGGCUGUCGUUGGCGGCGGCUGCGGCGGGAAUGGCUCACUACCUUCAGCACAAGCCACUGUAUUGGCCAGGCUUCCAAGGAUUAGUAUCAAACCCUAUGGCGUGGAGAGACCGCUUGCAGUCUAUGAGCAACGGGGCUCUCAGCGCGUGCGCAGGCCAAGGCGGCGGGUUGGACAAGGACGGCAAGAAGAAACACACGCGGCCCACAUUCAGUGGCCAGCAGAUCUUCGCUUUGGAGAAGACCUUCGAACAAACAAAAUACUUAGCCGGUCCAGAAAGAGCUAAGCUGGCGUAUGCGCUUGGCAUGACGGAGUCGCAAGUAAAGGUAUGGUUCCAAAACAGAAGAACAAAAUGGCGGAAAAAGCACGCAGCUGAGAUGGCUACAGCGAAACGUAAACAGGAAGAACUAGGCGAAGAAUGUGAUGAUCAAGAACCCCAUGACAAUGAUCCUUGCAGCGAUGAUGAUGACGCUAAACGACCCAGGCUCGACCUCCAUCAUCAACACAUCCCGCAUCACCAAAUACCACAUCAUCGCCAGUGAUCCCACCCCACAGGCACCGCAGAGGUCAACGAACCUCACGAAGCCUGUACCAGUGAAAUCAGUGAAGUGAAAGACGUUAAAGAACUCGAUAUCGAUUCAGAAAAUAACGAUAAUAGUGUUAGCACGCGCAGUUUUGAUAACGAAUACGAUGAAUUUAAAUUCGUUAAUUACAAAGACGAGAGUAAAUAUCAGGAUUAUCCGAGAGAUGUUAAGUUUAAUACUGACAGAAACGUAGAGUCAAAUGGAUAUUGUUUCAAUUUUGGAAAUGUAUAUCCUGAGUAUGUCACGCCGAGAUCAUUUAGUAAGGAAACCAAUGAAGAAACUCCUUAUGAUCUCUCCAAUUGGCACGUUAGAAGUACUAAAUUCGAUGAUCUUGGCAAUAAUGGGGAAUCCAAUAAUACCGAAGUUGAAAAUGAAGUAACGUUAAACGACGGUAAUGAUAACCCCGAGGAUAGCCAACCUAUAAAUUUUGCUUACUAUCACUUUUAACAUAUAACUAAUGUGAAUAUAAUUCGAAAUAAAAGUAGCAUUUUAUUUAAUGUGUAAAUAGUUGUUUUAAAUAGUCAUGUGAUAAAUAUUAAGUAAUUUAUUAUAACUAGAUUUUACAUGAUACCUAAGUGUAUUUUGUGAGGUAAUUUAGUCUAUCUAAUGUAAAUUUAUCUUAAACUCCCGGUGCCAAUUUUCCUAUUAAGUAGUGAUGUCAAAUUGAUUUUUAAAUUUUUCAAAAAUAAUAUUAUUAAAGUACUAUUCUUAAAGUCUUAAAAAUAUGAAAGGCGGAUAUUCAAAAGUAUUGUAUUAAUUGUUUGCAAUUAAAUAAAACAUACAUAUAUGCUAGCAGUCACAUAGAGAAGCUUAUUUUUCUUGUAUUUUUUUUUCUUUCUUGCCAGUGCUUGAUUAUUUUUGUUUGUAAAUAUAUUAAGUGUCCAAAAAGUUUAAAUGUAAAUAUGAAAACUUAACGAAUGUCAUAAAAACAUAAUGUUGACGUUUGUGCGCAAUAUGUAUAUUGUAACAUGUAAGUGAUAAAUUGUAAAUAUAUAUUUAAACGAAUUUACAAGUAACUAAAACAAUAGUAGUGCUGACCACGCAAAGAAAUAGUUAACUUUUAAGAGCUUCAGGCGACAUACAAAUAUUUUAAUUCUUUACUAUAACGGUAUUUUGAAACACACAUAACUAUUAUUUGUGAUCUAAUGCGGGCUCAAGUUACUUCCUAGAGGGAA